AUGUCAACAACAACAAUCACCACCACCACCACCGAGACCGUCCCGGUCAAUCCCAACUUGCACGGACACGGUGCCAUGCGCCUCGAUGGCACCGACGAGCAAUUCGGUGACUGGCGCGAUGAUCUGGCCCGCGAUGGCUAUGCGGUGAUCAAGGCUGCUAUUCCCCGCGAGAAGGCUUUGGGAUAUGCUGACCAAAUGUACACGUGGUUGGAGAACUUCAAGCUCGGCUUUGACCGCAAUGACCUCUCUACCGUGCACAAGGACAGGCUGCCCGUGAUCAACGAGAAGGGCAUGUGUCUGGCGUACGGUCUUUCCCAUGAAGACUUUGUUUGGGGUGUUCGUAGCGAGCCCGGAGUUGUGGGAGCCUUUGAGAAGGUCUACGACGACGAGGAUCUGAUUGUUUCCUUCGACGCCAUCAACUUCCAGUUCCCCAACCGCACCGAUCUACCCCCCAACAAGCCUUGGCCGCACCAGGAUCAGGAUCCCGCAAAGCACGGUUUCCGCUGCAUGCAGGGACUGGUCAACCUGCUUCCCAAUGGACCCGAGGAUGGUGGCCUUAUCGUCUGCAAGGGUGGCCAUCUUCUCUCGGAAGAGUUCCACCGCGACAUGGCUGACGAGGAGCGUAUCCCCGCCUGGACCCCUGAGUGGUACGGUUUCACUGACCGCGGCAUGAAGUGGUUGGAGGACCACGGCUGUGAAUGGAUCAAGAUCAGCGCCGAGCCCGGUGAUCUACUCGUGUGGGACUCCCGUACUCCUCACUAUAACCUGAGUCCCAAGCGCGACCAGCCUCGUUUCGCCGUCUACACUUGCUUCAUGCCCGUCGCGGAUGCCACACAGGAGGAUCUUCGCCGCAAGAAGGACGCUUUCGAUCGUCGUGUCGGCACCACGCAUUGGCCCAAUGCCAGGCACACUGGCUCCAACGUUGCCCAGCGUGAUGGCAAGCCGGACCCUCACAACCGUGAUCGCCCUGUGAAUGAUCCCAAGCUGAGCGAGCGCGCAUUCAAGCUGACGGGUAUUCCGUACAUCAAGGACGAGUCUGCGACCAUCAAACAGACCACCGUCUCCGCUUAA